GUGCAGUUUGAGAGCUCAGCGUGGCCUUGCGGUUCUCCCCACUCGAGAGCGCGGCUUCUACAGUCCACUCCCAGAAGUCCUGUUAAUCUUCGACCGUCUAGCCCUGAGAUGGCUGCUCACCUGAGAGAACAUGGGUCUCCUCCGAAAGACCUUGUAGAUUCAUCAAGGGUGCGGAAAGCAAAUUUUGUAGAGUUACAAAGACAAACGUGGUUUCACGGAGCUCUGAGCUGUAUCGAUGCUGAGAAACGCUUACACAAAAGUGACCCUGGGAGCUUCCUAGUACGUACAGAAGCUGAGAGUAUGAUCUUCCUGUCAGUUAGAGGACGCGGCAGCAUAUUGCAUGUGAAGGUAAUAGUCCUGCCUGAUGGUCGGUACAUGCUCGGUGACAGCGGCCCAUCUUUUCCGUGCAUCAUCGAUCUGGUCCAGCAUUAUAUCCAGUCUCCGCUGCUCUUCCCAGGGGAGGGACAAGUGUGUCUUCAGCAUCCAGUGCCAGCCAUGAUACAUUAAUAAAACUGUGACUCUAUGACUUUGACCAAAAACCAAUGGUGACACAAAGGCCUUAAAACCAAGUCGGAAGAAGUUUUUUGGACUAAACUCAAUUUUUUGAAAAACUUUUUUAAGCUUUGAAAAAAGAAUCAAUCCUAAAUGCAACAUAGUAUUCUAAAACUGCAUCUUUAAAACACGACAUGGAAGAAGGGCCUGUAAAGGAGACCACUUGUCCUCUGCCUGGCUCGGUGUUGCUUGGUUGGUCAUGUUGCCUUCAUUGUUGUUAGACAAAAAGUUGUCCGGACCUGCCAACUUUUGGGUCUAAAUGUGUAUGGGGACCUCCCGAUUUGUGAACGGGAAGCAUGAAUGUGUUCAUGUGCAUGAAGAUUGGGAAAGAUAGCUGUCGGACGAAGAAAUGUUUGGCCAACAACUAUUUUAGGUGUAUAGCCUCCCUUUAAAGGGGU